AUGUUUGGAAUUCAGGACAAUAUAGGCUUACCUAGAGGAGGGACGACUAUGAAAGAGGAACCGCUGGGCAGCGGGAUGAACUCGGUCCGCUCGUGGAUGCACACAUCUGGCGUAGUGGAUGCGAACACUGCCGCCCAAAGGUACGUUUUGCCAAACCAUCCAAUUUGUAAUGCAUUUCUCAGAUCGCCCCUUAAAUCCCCACAUCGCCGUGUAUCAAUUACAAUUUCCUCUACUGUAACUGUUCACUUCAGCCCUUUCUCCAACGCUCAUUACAUCAUAUUACUGUUAAAGUGACAAAUCAAGAAAUCUCUUGUCUCUAAAAAACGUACCUUUUCACCAUCUCCCAAUGUUUUCAUCUGAUGCUAGUUCCAUCUCCAGUGUAUCUCUCCGUCUAACCGAGGUGCUCCUCUCUCUUCUGCCCGCAGCGGUGUGGGUUUGGCUCGGGCACACUACGAGAAGCAACCACCGUCCAAUCUCAGAAAAUCCAACUUUUUCCACUUCGUUCUUGCGCUGUAUGACAGGCAAGGGCAGCCCGUGGAGAUCGAACGGACAGCUUAUGUGGACUUUGUGGAGAAGGACAAAGUAAGCGGCUUUUCUUUGGAAUAUCGUCCCCAUUUUACUCAAAUAUUUUAUUUUCACCUACACAGUUCAUCAUUUGGUGGUAAAGGCAGAACACGUCAGGCCGUGCAGGAGACACGUGCAGUUUUGGGGAUUUCUAAAUGACUUUGAAUGUUACAAAAUUAUUUUAUACAUUUAGUUUUUUACCCCCCCACACACACAUACAUUUCCCCCACUUGACCCCUUCAGAAUAGUCUACUUUGUAACCUCAUAAUUACCACAUCAAGACAAAAAUAAGAAAACAGUAAAUGUAUGUGACACUGAUUCAAUGCUCAUUAUUUUCAGGAACCAAACAAUGAAAAAACUAACAAUGGGAUACAUUACAAACUACAGUUAUUGUACAGCAACGGUAAGUGAAAUAGCUACUGAUGUUCAACACUGUGUCUGAUUAUUAAGAAGUGCAUCAGUACAAAUCAGGGCUGCAUGCUUGGACAUUGAUUCCAGCAGACAACUUUGUAUGGUUGUUAGUCUGAUAUUGGGUUACAUUUAUAAAGUGGUAAAUUGCCUGCAGUGUCGGUGUCACCUAGCAUUGUCUAUGGUUAAUCCACGCUCAGUUAGCGAUGCAUGGUAAUAAGAUAUCAAUCCACUUUUUUAACCUGAUGGUAACCAGAUGACGAUAAUGCACAUUUAUGAGAUGAUAAAUGUUUUAUAAAAAAAAAAAAACGUGUUUUAUUAUAUAAAUUUUAUGUCAGUAAAAUUAGUAAGACUUAGCGCAUAUAUUUUUCUCAAAUAUUAUGUGUGAACAAAAUCACAGUGUAAAUGACAAGAUACUAAAACAUAUACUUAAUUCACAGGUGUCAGAACAGAGCAGGAUCUUUUCGUACGAUUAAUCGAUUCCAUGACAAAACAGGUAAGAUUUUUAUAUAAUUAUCUGCCAUAUCAAAUUGUGUGCUUAUGGUGCUGGAAAUAUAACGCGUGUUGAAGAAACGUGCGUGGUUUUCGAAUUGACCCCAUAUUACAGAAGAUAUAUGCUUCAAUUAUGAGCAUAGAAUUUAUUAGGCCAUGUGUGGGUGAAUUUUGUAUUGUUUACAUUUCACUAUAAAUCAGCUCGCUCUCGGUUUGGAGUGAUUGUAUUGUUGUUAUUAUUUUAUUUUAUACAACUUUGUGAAUCGGCUGUAGAGAUGAACAGUUAUGCGUGUAGAUAUCCGAUACAUAGUUAAUUAAAAUAACAACCUUUAGUGGCCUCUCUUUAAUUCGGGUUGUAAGCUCCAGGGGUCUGCCGUAUACCCGUCCAGAUCCCCCUAAUGUUUAUUUAAUUUGCAGCCUAUGCGAAAGUGUUUAAUGGGGUCUAUUUCAUUUCCCUUUUUAAAGUCAUGAUUAUAAUUGACAUGAGAUAUUAUAUAUAUUUUUUUGGGGGUAUGCAAUAAAUAUUUUGCUGAUUAUAUGGUUACUGAAAUCAAUAGGUUUGUAGGCCUACCAUGCUUUGUGUAUUGGCUCGUAAGCGCAUUUUAGUAAAUUAACCCCUCAUUUUGCUUGUGUGCUAAUUGAUGGGAUGACGUAGCCUUCAACAAACGGGUUUAUCUGCUAUGUGGUAAUUGUGUGUUGACAGUCUAUCAGUUCAGAAAUGUUCAAAUAAUUAUUUAUUGUGGCAAACAGACGAGACUAUUAUUGCUAAAAGAAAGUCUCGGUUCAGUAACAAGAGCCCCUUUUUAGUAUGAGAGGCCACUUGAGUGGACAAUAUGGCGCGUUUCCUCUGAACCUGACUGUUUUCGGAAAUCACUCUCGGCUAGUAUGGAUUUAUGGUAAAGUUGACUCCGCCAAGUUCACUGAAUAGCCUAUAGCUUCAGUGUCUAGUGUUAAACAGCAUUGCUAUUACCGUUUGUUUAUUCGUAUUUUGUCAGCUCUCAUUAUAUAUAUAUAUAGGAAAUAUAGGCUACACGUUAGAUUCACCCCACUCCUCGUUGACUGCACCUCUGUAGCCUAUAGGUCUGUCUAUGAUCAGAGAGUCAAUGACGCUGAACCGUCAGUUUAUGGAUUUCUGUUUCUUCAGCCGAGACACCGGAAAUAAAUCACAUGAUGAUAACGGCAAUACUCCCCAAAUCCCUCAGAUAUAGAUGUAGUAGCCCAGGCUAUGUGGUACCUCUCUCACCUACAAUGGAACAAAGCUAGUCGAUUUGUUUUUAACUAUUACCAGAAGCCCCAAAAAACGAUUGAAAAUCCCUAUCUCAUUUUGCUGUGAAAUAUUUGAUGUUGCGAUUUUUAUUUAUUUAUUAUUCACACGCUUAUGUCCCCUCUUGCAAUAGCCGCAUUGUUGUUCAAUGUAAAUACAAUUGUGAUAGGCCCUAUAGUGUGUCAUGCGUUUUACUUAAUUGCUAAUUAUAAUGAGUUUAUCUUUGAUUAAAAGCACCGCUUCUUUGGUUUCACAUUCAUCCAAGAUGUAACGGCGGUGCGCGCGGGAUAGGCAGGCUGCUGUUGUCGAGCCGUAGCCGUGCAUCACAGACCGGGAGCAGAACGAGGGGAGCGACAGAGACAGACAGAGCGAAAACAACUGAGGGCGAGCGCACCUACAGCUCCGCGCCAUCUGUUAAAGCCAAUGCUCAAAAAUUACUCAACCGAAACCCACGACACCGCUUUUUAUGCGAGAAAAAUCAUUGUUAGCGGCUCAAAAUAAACAACAGAUUGCCCAUUAGCACUUUCCCCCAAAAUAUCUGUAGAUUAGAAUGGCGCUGAUGUCCACGGCUCUGGGUGUUAUUUACACCGCCCAUCUGCAGCUGAGAACUAACGUGUGGUUGCUAUUAUCCUGGGAUAAUGAAUAAAAAAUAUAUAAACAACUUACCAAUUAUAUAUUAACCUAUUUGACAUUUUUGUUGUGGUCUAGCAAAUCAAUUAGGCUAUUUAUUUAUUUUACUAUAUAUAUAUAUAUAUAUAUAUGUUUUCAGAAAUUAAUUGUUUGAUAACAAUUGCUAUGUUCGAGAAAUUAAUGUAUGUUUUCAUUUUACAGUAUAACCUAUAAAUUAUAAACUGUACAAUUCUGAAUGUAGACCUAUAUGUCAAUAUUAGUAGGCCUAUAUAUUUUAUGAAUUAAUAAUCAAUUAAAUGAUUAAUUGAUCAACUUAUUAAUGUAACGUUAAUGUACGUUAUAGGCCUACAGAGGUGUAGGCUAAAGCUUAUAUCCUAUAGCCUAUAGAUAACGGCAAAAUGUGAAAAUGUGUUAUCCAAUUCUAUAUUUUAAUGUGUAUUUCUGAUGUAUUUCUCCCUUUGAUUCCAAGGCUAUUAUCUAUGAAGGUCAAGACAAAAACCCAGAGAUGUGCCGAGUGCUUCUCACACACGAAAUCAUGUGC